CUCUAAAACUCAACUAGUUCAAAGGGUCACUCACUAUCCCCCACAUAUAUAUAACCACACAAACCAAAGCUUCAGUUCCAUCCAAGAUUCAUCCUAUAAGCUCUUAACCAAACCAAGCUUAAGUAGCUUCAAAGAAUCACCCUAUAAGCUUGAAAUGGCAAGGAAAAGAAAGGUUUCUGAAGUGGUGGAUGAGAGAAACCUAUCUGAGGGUACCAUGGCCUGGGAUGAGAUGUUAAAGCAAGCUGCAGAACUUGGAGGAGCAAGGAAAACCCGAAAGCGAUUCGUUGGGGUGAGGCAAAGGCCAUCUGGUAGAUGGGUUGCUGAGAUAAAAGACACCAUUCAGAAGAUAAGAGUAUGGUUGGGAACUUUUGACACAGCUGAAGAAGCUGCAAGAGCCUAUGAUGAGGCUGCUUGCUUGCUUCGCGGCGCGAAUACAAGGACAAACUUCUGGCCUUGCUCCCAAUCUUCCUCAACUCCAGCACUUUCUUCAAAGAUCACCAAUCUCCUUCUCCAAAGGCUUAAAGAAAGAAACAACUCUUUCUCUUCUUCUUCCUCCAUGUCUCUUCCUACCAACCUCCAACAAAUGCAACAAGUAGAUGCAUAUGGAGCAGGAUCAUCAACACAAUUUUCAAUUGACCAAUUCACUGAUUUCCUCAAUGAUCCGGAACCAGAAGAUUAUAGCUCAAGCAACCACACUUUCACCAAAAACAGUGCUGAAAUUGAUUACAUUGCUAGUGGUUUCGAGUCAUGCUUAACUGAAAAGGAUAGCUUCAAAGGGGUAGAAAUGGACAUGGAAUAUAAAUCCAGCAAUGUGACACAAACUUCAAGCAAUGACAGCAAUUCAGGAGUGGAAAGAGAGGAAGAAAGUGAAGAAGAAAGUGUCCAAGGGACUAAUUUGGAUGUCCCAGAUUUUCGAUUUCUCGACACAGUUCCUCCACCAAGCUACUACUCUCCCUUUGAGAUUGCUGAAGGGAUGGAGGAGCCAGCAGAGGAAGCAGAGAACUAUGCUGAUGAGCCUUCAAUGCUUAGAGCUGUGAUGAAGAGGAUGAAAUAUGAGAGGAAAUUCUCAGCUUCUCUCUAUGCCUUCAACGGGAUACCUGAGUGCUUGAAGUUCACACUAGAAUCAGGGAACAUGAAGGGGAAAGGACUAAUGGCUGAUCAAUUAGCCAGCCUCCAAACAGCUUGCAGAAAAAGCAAACUUGAGAAGAAGAAUGUGGAGGAGAAAGAGUACAUGAUGGCAGCAAGGGAUAAUGGGAAAGAGGAAGAAAACCAUCAUCAAACAUCAAUUUACAUGGAUUCCUCUUCUUCAUCUAGUGUUGAUGAAGAACUGUUGCUCUGGAAUUCACUUGAUCUUUCUCCUAUUUGCUUUGUUAACUUGCUGGAAAAUGGUUCAUUCAAUUAGUAAUAUCAUUCAUUUCCUUAACUAUAUGUAUUAUAAUCUCAAAGCAAUAUAUAUUUUGUAACACCUAAUUUGGUACUAAUGAAAUAAUGUUUUCUUAUUUCA